GAGACCUUUAUGAAGUCCUGAAGUUCCUUCUGACCUGUGGUUGCACCACAGAGACCUUUAUGAAGUCCUGAAGUUCCUUCCGACCCGUGGCUGCUGCACAGAGACCUUUAUGAAGUCCUGAAGUUCCUUCUGACCUGUGGUUGCACCACAGAGACCUUUAUGAAGUCCUGAAGUUCCUUCCGACCCGUGGCUGCUGCACAGAGACCUUUAUGAAGUCCUGAAGUUCCUUCUGACAGUGGAGGCUGCACAGAGACCUUUAUGAAGUCCUGAAGUUCCUUCUGACCUGUGGCUGCUGCACAGAAACCUUUAUGAAGUCCUGAAGUUCCUUCUGACCUGUGGUUCCACCACAGAGACCUUUAUGAAGUCCUGAAGUUCCUUCUGACCCGUGGCUGCUGCACAGAGACCUUUAUGAAGUCCUGAAGUUCCUUCUGACAGUGGAGGCUGCACAGAGACCUUUAUGAAGUCCUGAAGUUCCUUCUGACCUAUGGCUGGUGCACAGCGACCUUUAUGAAGUCCUGAAGUUCCUUCUGACCUGUGGCUGCUGCACAGAGACCUUUAUGAAGUCCUGAAGUUCCUUCUGACCUGUGGUUGCAGCACAGAGACCUUUAUGAAGUUCUGAAGUUCCUUCUGACCCGUGGCUGGUGCACAGAGACCUUUAUGAAGUCCUGAAGUUCCUUUUGACCUAUGGCUGGUGCACAGCGACCUUUAUGAAGUCCUGAAGUUCCUUCUGAACUGUGGCUGCUGCACAGAGACCUUUAUGACGUCCUGAAGUUCCUUCUGACCUGUGGCUGCUGCACAGAGAGCUUUAUGAAGUCCUAAAAUUCCUUCUGACCCAUGGCUGCUGCCCAGGGAGAACCUGGAGACUUUUAUGAUGUGAACUGGACUCCUUCCAAGACUUUACAACCUUCUCCUUCAGCCAGCACUGGCGAAGAAUCCAUGGCCUUGGUUGCAGCAUCUCCUUGGGUUUGGUGACAACUAUGGAGGCAGCAAUGCUAGACAAUGAUGACUGUAAUGUGUAUGAAUUCUUUUUAGUCCUGGGAAUAAAUGCAUUCAGUUUUUACUUGCUUUGGAAGCUCCUGAGAGAGCACCCUACAUUACGGCAAGAACUGUGUCAAAGAGGCAACAGAUGCCGUUCUGCCUGCCUUGACGUUUUAGUCCAACUUUGGUCCAUCAGGAAAUGGGUUUAUGGAAGCAGAAGAGAAAGGAUGUCGGAGACAGCAGUGCAAAGAGGAAGAGGGAGAGGACAUGGGACCAUUUCCACCAUACUGCCAUUGCAGAGUCCCAUCUGUCCAGCAAGGGAGCAUAAAAAGAAGCAAGGUCGAAAGUAUGCUUCCCAUGAGUGCAAGGAGUUUGGCGCCUGUUCUGACGACCAUAUCUCCACCUCCUGUUCUUCAACCACCUAUGAAGAAUCUUUCGUUUCCAGCAUUGAAUCAUCUUCAGACCUGCUUGAGUUCUCCUUCAGCAGCUCAGAGUAUAGCAGCACAGAUUCCAUUGGGGUCAGCAGAAGGCGCAAGAAAAAGGCACGGAGAAAGCAGAGAAGGGCCAGGUCUAAGCUAAGGUCCAAGCGCGUCAUGUGCAAACAGGGCGGAUCCAGUGAAGCCCAGCAGGCCCUAUUUGAAGCCAUGCCCAUUCCCUUCAUGGAGGAGGAGGUGAUCGUAAAACUAGACUCUCACUGCAUGGUCAAGAGAACGCAGCACCUGAUGGGACUGCCCUCGACCCUCCUCCGGUCCCUCAGGACCUUCAUGCCUCCUGCUCCAGACUCUGGUUCCCGGAGGUGCCGGCAGGAAACAAAAGUGCUAAUGAGAGUUCAUGCUUCCUCUUUUCUGGCGAAGGAGACCAUGAAUAAACUGGAGCGGCAUUUGAAGAAAAUGAUCCUGCAGAAGGCUUGGCAGCUGCCCAGAACCGUGCAAGAGGCCAUCUGGCACUUUGAGUCCAGGGAGGAGAAGGCUCCUUUGAUCAUCUCUGUUCAGGACAGAAGGGGAAGAUCGCCCACCAGAUCUGGAACCUUGAGCUCCAAGACAGCUUGGGCUUAUAGAGGAGACCUCCAGGCCCACACGGUGAAGACAUCCAUCUGGAUGAAACAAGAGAGCCUCACUGUGCAGAUCGAUGCAGGAUGGAGGCACCUGCUCCUGCCCAGGCUUAUUCCCCCCGGUCAGAGCUACCUUCAGCCAAGGAGCAGCCUGUGCGUGAGCCUUCGGGGGAAAGCAGAUGUUGUGGAGAUGAACAUCAAGUGCAAACGCCUUCACUUCAUGUGGGGUCUCCCAACCAUCCAGAUGCAGUCCCUGGCCAAGAUGGUGCCCAGACCCCCUCCACUGCCAGCUGAAUGGCCCUCUCGGGCGCCCACGCACCGUGAGUUUUGCCGCAUCGAACCCUCCUUCAUAGCCCCCAAGGCGAGGCAGGGUUUGGAGGCCCAUGUCCUCAGGAAGAGGCUCCAGCACCACUGGGGACAGCCUGGCCUCGUUCAAAGGUCUCUGAAGAGGCUCCUGUUGCCUGUCCCGGCAUCACGGCCCCGCUCGGCCCCCAUGACCACUGCCCAGUGGGAAAUGCAGAUAGGUAUUAGCAUCAAUGACAUCACUUUCAUCCAGCGGGAAGUGAAGGGACGCCUUGAGGUCCACCUCAGGAGGAAGAUUAUAGAGAGGUAUUGGGGUCGACCCAGGAGAGUACUGGAGUCCCUGAAGAUGUUCUACAUCAUCUCCUUUUCACCCAUGAAGAGAUUCAGAGAGGAUGGAGGGAGCUUUGUGUUACCUCAGCUAGACUCCAUGAAGACGAAACAGACUUCCCUAAUGAUGCAGAGAUUUUCUCAGAAGACUGAAGUCCCUUCAAGGAAACUCUGGGAAGAGAAGUCACUUCGAGUCCACUUGGCCAAGAAAGCUGUGGAGAUCCAGCUGGGCAGAGUUCCUCUGGCAGCACAGCAACCUUGCAAAGGGGCCCCUCGGGCGCUCCCCAAAAGAAUUCCUCCUGGAAUGAGGUCUCUGCAGCCAAGGUCCCGGGAGCUCCUCUUUGUGGACCGGGCCGCGCUGGAUCGUAUCCAGCUUAACAUUGUGCACAAAGAGGUGGCCUACCGAUGGGGGCUGCCUACCAUAUACCACAGGUCCCUUGCCCGACUGCUCCAGGGUGCUGCCUUCCCAACGACCUUUGGCACUCUCUUCCCCAGAAGGCAGGGCAGGUCCAGCUUCACUGCCCAGGAGACCCCUUUCAUUAAUGUGGAAUCCCGGAAUCUGUUGGAGCAGCAUGUGAGGAGCAAGGCCUUGCAACACACAUGGGGCCUCCCGAGGCUGAUCCAGAGAUCUCUCCGGCGCCUCCUUCCAGACACUGCCCGUAUUUGCCCCCAGAAGACCAAAUACAGGGAACGGGUGGCUGUUCGCCUGACUGAGCUCUCCUUCAUCAGCAAAGACACUCAAGCCUUGCUGGAGAAAAACGUGGCCCAGAGGGUCAUCCAUAAGCAGUGGGGUUUGCCCACAAGGGUCCUCAAUUCACUCAGGUUGCUGUUCCCUGAAACCAGAAGAAGCACCUUCCUUGAAAGGAUAAGGAAUGAGGAUACAGCCUUACAUCAGACCAGGUGUUGCCACAGACUAAAGGAUGCAGUCUUGGCGACCUUGAGGUGCCAUUUGACGAAGAAAUCUUUGGAAAUCCAUCUGGGAUCUUUCCCUCUCAUCACCACCAUCUCCUGGCAAUGCUCCUUGCGGGCCCUGAGGCGGCCUCUUCCGAAGCUCAUCCGUCCCGGGGUUAGGCCACUGGAACCCUGUAUCCCCUUCCACUUAUUCGGCCUACAGGAGAUGGGCAGGAUUGAAUUGAGUGUACGGUGUAGACGCUUGGCUUCCCUCUGGGGACUGGGGACAAAGUAUGUCAAGGCCAUUGCUGGAAUGGAGGCACCCAGGAUGCCCUUUGCUCCACUCCGGACAAGAAGAGCCAUCCUUGAAUUUGAAGGCACAGAAAUACGCUUCCUACAGAGGACCUCCAAGGAGAUUUUAGAACAGCAUGUGAAGAAGAAGAGGGUGCAGCAUGAGUGGGGACUUCCUUCUCUUGUGCAAAGAUCUCUCCGGGGCCUUAUGAAAGAAACACCCUCCUUGCCUCAUGGUCCUAAGACUUUGACUCAGACCUUUGUGCCAUCACAGGAGAUGCUUUUCCUUCCAAAGUCUGUCUGCCACCACCUGGAGAUCCACAUCCAGAAAAUGAAGCUGCAGCGCCAGUGGGGUCUACCCCGGAGGAUCCUUGAAUCUGCCAAAAUCUUCCUCCCACUUUCUCCCCCAGGAAAGGGUCCAGUUCCUCAGAGGGUCAAGAGGAAGGAGUCUGUGAGGGCAGUGUCCCGCAUCAGAGAAGAGAAGGUGGACCACAAAAGAUGGACUCUGGACAAAGGGACACCCCUACCAAGCCAAAGUAGUCUGCAUGACCGCUUGAGGGGGAGUCCUCUUGAGACCCAUCUGAAGAAGAAGGCUCUGGAUGUUGAAUUCCAAUCUGGGAGAUUUUCUGAGUCUCCCAAGCAAAGCCUUCUCCCCAAGCCUGCCUUGGUUUCUUCAGAAUUAAGACCCAGAAAGUCUUCCUUAUAUUCUGUGGAACAGAAAGCUCUGAGGAAGAUCCAGCUGAACAUCAAGCAGAAGCACCUAACCAGCCUUUGGGGCCUUCCCACUGUAUAUAUAGAGUCCCUGAAUGAGAUGUUUGGAGGAGAUCCAGAGAGACCCUGGUCUCGAACGACCAUAGGAAUAAGAGCAUCAUCUGGAGUAUCCAUAUAUCAAAAGGAAGGGACAGCAUACUCCACAAUUUCAGAAGUAACAGGCAGUGAGUCCUCUAAGCGAGGGCCAGCUUUCAUCCCAAGAAAGGCCCUGAAAAUUCUGGAAAUGCAUGUCCAACGUAAGAAGCUGCAACAUGAGUGGGGUUUGCCUGUCACUGUUCAAAAAUCCCUUCGUGCAUUAGUUCCAGCUCCCCCAGAAGCAGAAAGGUCUUUUCUGAGAACGAGCCCUGCCACCUUGUUCCCUCGGGAUGAAGUAACAUGGAGGACAAGUGCAUCUGAGAGCAUGCCCUUUGAUCCUGAGAUGACAAGGACCCUAGAGUCUCAUGUGAGGAGUCGGACCACAUCACACAAGUGGCACCUUCCUUCACGGGUGCAGGACUCCCUGAAGGCCUUUCUGCCCCCUGCCUCAUUCUCCCAAGAUAAAGGGGCCAUUGCUCGAUCCCACUUCCCCCGGCCCUUCGACCAAUCCAGGAUAGGAGCCACUGUAAAGCCAAAGGAGACCAUCCGGCAAAGGACACCACGUGCAACUGCACAACCCGGCCUUGGAAGGGUAACCUUCCCUUGUCCCGAGGAGAAGCCCUCUUUCCUCACAGAAGAAGCCUGGAACCUUCUGGAGUUCCAUGUUGUGCACAAGAGGAUCCAGCAUGCCUGGGCCCUGCCGUCCUGUGUGGUGAGGUCCUUGCGCCAUUUUGCUCCAUUUCCACAUCCUCCAGAGAGAGAGGCAAGAGAAAGCACGAGCAAAACAAAGCCACGGGAGAGGACAGAAGUGAAAGCCAUCCUCCAGAAUUACGUUUCCCUCAGCCCCAAGAGGAAGGAUUUCUUCGAAGCUCAUGUGAGAAGCAUGGUUGCAAAACACAGAUGGAGGAUUCCAAAGCAGAUUCACAGGUCAACAAAAGAGUUCACACUCCUCAGACCGGCUUCCAGGUCCAAGCGGGAUCCAUCACUUCCUGUCAAAUGGGAUAAGUCCAAAUCUUUCCAUGGGGCAACAGAUGAUUCGCAAACAGAAGGUGAGAAAGAAUACACACAAAGAAAGGCCAAGUCCUGGAGGAGGUCAAAGAGAAAGCAAGAUGCCUCCUCUCAAAGGACAAGACCCUUGAGCGAUAAAGCAUCUGCAUCCUUAAGGCCUGAGGCAAACCUGCCUUUCUUGUCAGCCGAGGCUAGGGAUUUUCUGGAGUUCCACAUUCAACACAAGAGAAUCCAACAUGCCUGGGGUCUUCCCUCCAAGGUGACGCAGUCCCUGCAUAUGUUCUCCCCAUUUCUUCUCAAGAAGGAGAAAUAUGCCGGACACAGUGUGGCCAAGACAUGCUCACAGGAGAAAGGAGAAGUAAAGACUGUGCUUCCAAGUCUCCCUUUCCUCAGCUCUAAAGCACAGGAGCGUUUGAGUUCCCACUUGACCCAUAUAAUCAGAGAACACAGGUGGGGCCUCCCGGAACGGAUUCAUAAGUCCCUGAAGGCGUUUCAGUCUCCAAGAGCCUCUUCUCGAUCUAGGAUUGAUCCAACACUGCCUAGAGAUGGCCAUGAAGAAGCACAGCAAGAGAAACUCCACCAUAAAAGGCAGAGGGCAACAACUGCUUCUAGACACGUUGAAGGAAGGGCUUCCUCAAAUAGCAGUAUGAAGAUUCCAUUUCUCAGCACGGAGACCUGGAACCGUCUGGAGUUCCACAUUGUACACAAGAGAAUCCAACAUGCCUGGGGUCUUCCCUCCAAGGUGAUGCAGUCCCUACAGAUAUUCUCCCCAUUUCUUCUCAAGGAGAAGAAAUAUGCAGAACAGAGUGUAGCCAAGACGCACACAAAGGACACAGAAGAAGUGGAGGUUGUACCUCCCAGUGUCCCUUUCCUCAGCAAUAAAGCACAGGAGCGCUUGAGUGACCACCUGAGCCAUACAAUUGCAGAACACAGGUGGGGCCACCCGGAACGGGUUCAUAAGUCCCUGAAGGCAUUUCAGUCUCUGAAAGCCCCUUCUCGAUCUAGGAUUGAUCCACCACAGCCUCUUUUUUAUUGCCAGUGUAAGACCAUCAAGGGGGCUAUGGAUGGCUUCCAGUCUAAAGAUACAGAAAUGCUGCAUAAGAAAUUCCACCAUAAAAGGCAGCAGGCAACAACUGCUUCUAGACAUGUUGAAGGAAGGGCUUCUUCAGAUAGCAUGGUGAAAAUUCCAUUUUUCACUACUGAGGCCUGGAACCUUCUGGAGUUCCACAUUAUACACAAGAGAAUCCAACACGCUUGGGGUCUUCCCUCCAAGGUGAUGCAGUCCCUGCAUAUAUUCUCCCCAUUUCUUCUCAAGGAGAAUGAAUCCGCAGGACAGAGUGUGGCCAAGACACACACACAGGAGAGAGAAGAAGUGGAGGUUGUGCCUCCGAGCCGCCCUUUCCUCAGCUCUAAAGCACAGGAGCGUUUGAGUUCCCACCUGAGCCAUAGGAUCGCGGAGCACAAGUGGGGCCUCUCAAAACGGGCUCAGCAGUCCAUGCGUGCUUUUGCACCACAUCCUCCCCAACCACAAAGAAGAUCCCCACAAGCCACUUCUGAGAGUUCGGAAACAUCAGGAAAUAUGAGUGAUACUAUCCAGGUACCAGAAACAGUGGAAGACUUUCUGACCCUGUAUUGCCUCCUUCGUUAUUUGAAUGCAGACAUGCAGAAUUGCCUAAAAGAGCAUUUGAGGAAGUGGGUCAUGGAAUACAAGUGGGCACUUCCCAAGCAUAUUCAGAUCUUAUUGGAGGACAUGCCUCCUCCUACUCUGCAGGAAUCCCACACUGGAGGAAAACUGCACGAAGAGGAAUCCUGCCAAUGGUACGACAUUUGCUCUGAGAGAAAGGGAGAUUCACAGCCCUUUGUCCAAUCCAGAAAAAGAGCCACGGCGAAGCAAAGGGCACUAGGAAGAACUGCACAAUCUGGCUCUGGAGGGGUAGCCUUCCCUUGUCCUGAGAAGAAGCCCUCUUUCCUCACGGAAGAAGCUUGGAAUUGUCUGGAAUUCCAUGUUGUGCACAAGAGAAUCCAACAUGCAUGGGGUCUUCCCUCCAAGGUGACACAGUCCUUGAGCAUGUUCUCCCCAUUUCUUCUCAAGAAGAAAGAACACGCAGGGCAGAAUGUGGGCAAGGCAUGCUCACAGGAGAGAGGAGAUGUGAAGAUCAUGACUCUGAAUCUCCCUUUCCUCAGUCUUGAUGCACAAGCUGACUUGAAUGCCCACCUGAACCGUAAGAUUGCAGAGCACAAGUGGGGCCUUCCAGAACGGGUUCAGAAGUUCCUGAAGGCAUUUCGACCUCCAAGAACAGCAACCUCUCAAGAAGAUGAUGAAGGAACACCUUGUGGCAGUGCUUAUACUGAUUAUGACCAAGGUUCUGCAGUGUCAGAUGCUACAUUUCCAAUGGAUACAGAAAAGGAAUGGCAUUCCAGCCGAAAAGAACAGAGCAUCUACCAGACGGAGACAUUUGAUGAAAUAGGCCAGGACAGACGGGAGCUUGCUUGGCUGGGCGCUGAAGAGCCUUGCUUCUCUUCUGACACUGAAAGCACCCAAGUCAGAGCAAGCCAAGGGACAAGAGUCAGCUGGAAGACUGAAAAGGAAAUCUCUGAACCAAGCGAACACCAAGAGAAAUCUGUCUUGGAUUUCCAUCUCAAGAGAACCUCUCAAGGGCAGUCUCAGCUUUCAUCUGGAACCUACAGCUCAUCUGAGAGCCGAUCCAGCUCCCUGGAUGUAAAAUACAAAACUCUAACGAGAGCUGGGAGCACAGCAUCGAUCUCUUACUUUUCCAAGAGAUCAGAAAGGAGUAACACAAGGAUUGAGGUAAUGGCGGACAAUAGACACCACCCAGUUGGACUGUGGCAACCACUCGGACCAUCAACGUCAAAAGACAUAAAAGACAUUGGAGAAACAGAACAAUCCAUUAUGACCCCUGAGUGUUCUUGUUCGUGCCAUUCGCUAGGUUGCAGGAAAGACUCUGUGCCUUCUUUACCAUCAGGUGUAGAACAAACCUGGCAGUGGGAGCAGAAAGAGGGAGUCCGGGGAAAGGUCGAGUGGAGAACGGCUUCCUCUUCUCUGCUGUCAAAGCCUCCCAGUCGGCAGAUUUCUCUUUCCUCCCUAGAAGAGGGCAGGAGGGCUCCUUGUCUCUCAGGGCAGGGCAGCGCAUCGGAGAACCUUUCAAGCUCCCUGCAGGUCGAAUGCACAACUAUGACCUUUGCAGAGAGAAAAGAGUCCAUAUCUUGGUUUUCCAAGAGGUCAGAAAGGAGUAACAAAAAGCCCUUUGAAGCCCAACAGGACACGGCUUCCAGUCAUGGAGAAACGGAUCUUGCCCUCUUGCCAUCUUCUCAUGUUGAGCCUCAGUCUUCCUAUGAGGAUCUCGUAGGGAGGAACUACCGGAGGGCAAAGAGCGAGAAGCGUGACCAAUCAAGCGCCAGGCAAAGGCAAAGGAGAAGAAGUAGGCUUCGGUGGAGUCGAGUGAGGGGGAAGGCAUCGCCCUGCCAAAUCCUAGGAGACAUUGCCACAACUUUGGAGGCAUGGCCCUUAGCAUCUCCUUCAGCCAGAGAUCGAGCAGAAGGGUCCUGUGAUUCAGCUUCCAUAGAGCAAUGCUCUUCCAAGUCUCCCCAAAGUCUGGAAGAAAGAGAGGUCUCUUGCAUCCAGAAGCAAGUGCUCCAAGGAGGCAUCCAAGCUUCUGAGGGAGAAAACCAAAAAGCAGAUGAGUUGGUCGGAAACAAGACAGAAAAUGCUGAAGCCUGGACACCAAGCAAAAGAGGAGCCAAAAUUAUUAGAGAAAAGACGGAGGAAGAUAUGCCACUGAGUCCAAGGAAAGAACAUCAUUGUGGACCCCCUUUGUUUUGUGGGGAGCAAAGCAAGCAAUAUCUCUUUGGAGGAAAACAAACAGCAAAGAGCACACCUGGGGGACCUGAAUCCAUAGCUGCCAUAGGUCCCAUUGAUGGUCAAGUGGCCGUCAUUGCUGCAGCCCUGCAGAAGAAACUAGACUUUGAGGAAAAGCUGAUUAUAUGGCGAAAGUACUGUGAAUUUACACGUCUGGAGGGCCCUGAACCUAGAAAACCCAAGAGCCGCCCUCAACUCACACACAGUUUGGGAGCCAGGGACCAGAAAUCUUCCAUCACUGCUGCAAAUCCAAAGAGGAAGAAACCAAACUGUCCCAAGAGGAUGAGCAACUGGUGGAAGAGCCUGACAUUUCACGCCUGAAGACCAAAAGAUUUGGCACUUAGUGGGAAUGGGAGAGCAAAUGGUUUUGGGGAAAAUAUUUUGAAAUACAAUAAAUUUCUAUAUAACUGCUUCUCAGUCUGGGAUGUGCUCUAACAGAGAUGCUCUUAUGACACUCAAAUUCAGCCAUUUCUGGUCUUUGGUCCAGCCAUAACUUCAGGUUGAGAGUGAUGCUGUAACAGCCCUAUAGUUUUCAGGGAUGGAUGAAAGUUCCCUGAAUACCAGGGAUGAGGAAUAUCCUAAGGCUGAAGGGCUUGCCUUGGGCUGCGCCUUAACCCAGGCUUGGUUCUGUAUUUGGAAGUGACAGCAAGAGAGGGCAUCUGAGUUGCCCUCUCUUGCCCUGAACAAAGUCAACUAUUUUUCUUACUUUUAUUAAACAGAAAAUGAAAGCUUUGGGUUGCUGUGAGUUUUCCUGGCUGUAUGUCCAUGUUCCAGAAGCAUUCUCUCCUGACGUUUCACCCACAUCCAUGGCAGACAUCCUCAGAGGUUGUGAGGUCUGUUGGAAACAAGGCAAAUGGGGUUGUGGAAUAAUGUCCAGGGUGGGAGAAAGUACUCUUGUGUUUGAAGCAAGUGUAAAUGUUGCCAUUGGCCUGCUUGACUAGCAUUGAAUAGCCUUUCAGCUUCAAAACAUGGCUGCUUCCUGCCUGGGGGAAUCCUUUGUUGGGAGGUGUUAGCUGGCCCUGAUUGUUUCUUGUCUGGAAUGUCUCUGUUUUCUGAGUGUUGCUCUUUAUUUACUGUCCUGAUUUUAGAGGGGUUUUUUUAGUACUGGUAACCAGAUUUUGUUCAUUUUCAUAGUUUCAUGGUUUCCUCCUUUUUGGAAGAUCAACAAAGGAUCCCCCAAGCAGGAAUCAGCCAGACUUUGAAGCUGAAAGGCCAUUCAAUGCUAACAUUCUCACUUGCCUUAGACAGACAAGAGUUCUUUCUCCCACCCUGGACAGUAUUCCACAGAUAUAUAAACCCCAUUUGCCUAGUUUCCAACAGACCUUACAACCUCAGAGGAUGCCUGCCAUAGAUGUGGGCAAGACGUCAGGGGAGAAUGCUUCCGUAACAUGGACAUUCAGCCCGGAAAACUCACAGCAACCCAGUGAUUUCAGCCAUGAAAGCUUUCGACAAUACAAUGGAAGCUUUGCUUUUAAAAAAUCUGCAGCUGGCUCUUUGGAGACAAGAUGCUGAUGUUACUUUGAGGGACUGACAUGGUGAGGGCCUUCUGAUAUUGUCGUUAUGUAUUAUGUUUUUAUUUUUGCUGUGGUUUUUACAUCGUGGUUUUUUUUUAGGUUGUUAGGUUUUUAUUUUUGAUAUUAUCGUUUGUGUAUUAUGUUGUAAUUCUGUGUUUUGCACUGUGUUUUUACUUCUUGUAAGCCACUCCAAGUCGUUUGGAGACGGGGCGGGAUAUAAAUAUAGUGUACCAUUAUCACAAUUAAAAGACGCUUCUUCCUAUGCAGUGGCCAUGAUUAUUUUUAUAUUGACCACAAAAGGGCGUCAAUGGCAAUUCCAGUGGCCCUGAAGGACUGUUUAUGACUCUUAAUCUCUUAAUCUUAAAUGAACUGAACUCUUAAUGCAGUAAAGAAAAUGCGAUAUAACUGUUGUAGUUCAGCUUGUGUUACCUGUGUUAGUGCCUGAUGCCCAUGAGGUUUCUGGGCCUGGGUCUGUGUCUGAUUGUAAUGGGAAUAAUGGUCUUAACAGGCUUGCCUUAGAGCCAGAGGUUUCUGCAGAACAGAAACCGGAGACUCAAGGCCAAAUUCCCAAAAGGGACUGCUUUUCUGAGGGAGAGUCUUCAGAUAUAGAUGCAGCUGGAGAGGUUAAUGAGCUGGCAGAUAGGAGGCGAAACUUUUGUAAACAAAGAGAAUUCCCAGCUUCUUCGUUGGUCAGUUCAUCUUUGUGAAAAAAGAGCAGAUAAAUUAUCUGCUGAGAAAAUAAAAGAAAAUGUGCUUUUCUCAGGGGAGGAGGUAUAUUAAGGGAAAGAAAAAAGCCUGUUACUUCAUUAGGGGUCAAUGUUGAUGCUUCAAGUCAGCCAUGCUUGUUCAUGCUCUAAGGACCUCAUCACAUUAGAGCUUGGAUUAACUUCAAAUCCACUUUAGGGAGAGAACUUUAAACAGCUCAGCCAAACAGGUCCUGGGCCUCACCAAACUACAAAUCUCAGAAUUCUACAGGAGGAAAAACCGGAUUUAAAGUGGAUUCAUGCUCUAGUGUGAUGAAGCCGUAAGUUUCUUAUAUGGAUUUUGCUUCAUGGUUCCUGUCAUGCCAAGUUUUUGCUCUUUGAAUCCAAGUGUAUUCUUUCCUGGUUCUAGUUUACCAAGUUCAUGUCUUGUCUUUUGGGAUUUACUCUGCCUUGUGUUUUUUGGAUUUUAUAAUCUUGUAUCUUGUGUUUUAUUGCUGUACCUUGGAAGUGGUGGACUAUUACUGACAUUUUGAAGAAACCUUUGUAGACUUUACUUUUUAUUCCUUUUAUUGCUUGGCUUAUAUAUACAUUUUUCAAUAAACUGCUUGCUGAUAAUA